UUCCUCAGGUCUGAAUACAAGAAGCCAGAGAUUCUGUUCUUCCCACUCAUCUGCUCUCAGCGAUUCAGAUACUACUUUACCGGUUGUAUCAAGGCAUAGAGGAAUACAGAAGCAGAGUACUGAUUCGGGGAUAUCUUCACCACUUCCCUCAGAUUCCUUCAAGUAUCUCACUUGGCACGAGUUAAAAGAACAUGAUGUUCGAGGAAAUCAGAUUCGUUGCCCACGAGUGAGAGAAGGGCCUUCUGAAGAAGAGCUCUUUUUCAGAGGAGAAGAAGAGGCUUUGCAAGUAAGAAAACAAGUAACAGAAAAAGAGAAAUGGCAACAGAGACAGCAAGAGAACUGGGAAAACUGUGCAAAUUUGAACCUUUCAUUUCAGGACUUGGGAGACGCUUACCAGCUAGAAAACUUGAACAGGAUUCUCCGGAGAUUAAUUCGAGUGGAAAGGCUUUGGUUGGUGGACAAUUCUUUGACAGACCUAAGUGCCAUAAGGUUGCCAAGAUGCAAAGAAUUAAAUGUCAGUAAAAAUCAUUUUACAUCCUUCAAACAGCUGCCAAAGAUCCCUCAGAUUCGUCACUUGUCACUGGCUGAUAACAACAUUGAGACACUAAGUGGGAUAUCAGACUUGAGAUCCACUCCGCUAGAAUCCCUUGUACUCAUGAGGAACCCCUGUGAAUUUAAAGAACACUACAGGGAGCUAGUGUUCUCCAAUUUGCCAAACUUGAGAAUGCUAGAUGGGGUCCCAAAGCUGCCAGAAGAUUGUCCACCUCCAGAAAUCAGUUCUCUUUCAAAAAUAUGCACCAUACUGUAGCACUGUAUCUAGUAUCAGAAUGGAGCUAAUGGAAUUGCCACAGUUAAUAGAACUAAAAAUCCAGUUAAUAAA